CAGAAGAGAAACCGCCUACACCAUCUCCACUUGUCAUUUUAACAGAACGUGUUUGAGGAAGAAGACACGCACGUUCGCGCUUGACUCCAUUUCGGACUUAUGUGUACAUUCUGAGAGGGAACUAUGAGUCGGGGAUCAAAGUCUAGAGGAGUUCAGGAGAACUGUCCCAGCUCUCUGCUGAGCCUACAGGAAAAUGAGAGGUUGGAGGAUCUGCUGGGAAGGAGGUGUGCUUCCCUGGCAACUACAGUGGCACAACUUUACAUGGCUCUGCCACAUAGUCCGACGUGCUGGAGUCUGCAGCACACUGGAGUGGCCUGCUUUGUCAAGGAUAAUCCACGUCGCUCCUACUUCAUCCGCAUCUUUGAUCUCAAGAAAGGACAGAUGAUCUGGGAACAGGAGCUCUAUAACCAAAUGUUCUACCACUGCCCUCGGCCGUUCUUCCAUACAUUUGCUGCAGAUGACUGCCAGGUUGGGCUGAACUUCGCAAACGACCAAGAGGCUGAAUACUUCCUCAGUGUGGUGGAUGAGAAGAUCGCCCAGAGAAACCAGAGGAAUCAGCAAGUGUCAGAGAAGAAACAGCGCCCCCUGCCUUCCAAUGACAGGGGGGGACUACCUCCACUUCCUGGUAAAAGACCCGGCAGUCCACCUUCGCCCUCCAUGGCCACCAUAGACAUCAUGAACCCAGACAUUCAAGCCUCACGCUACCGUUCCGUCGCACCCGUGCCUGCCCCUGCCUUUGUCAGCAAGGGGAAGAAGGACAAGAAAAAGGACAAGAAGAAGAGCAGUAAAAUCUCCAAAGCAGAUAUUGGAGCUCCCAGUGGGUUCAAACAUGUGAGUCACGUGGGUUGGGAUCCCAACAACCUGGACCCAGACCUAAAGAAGCUGCUGUCCUGCGCUGGGAUCAGUGAGGCUGACCUGAACGAUGAGUCGACCUCCCAACUAAUCCAACAGGUCAUCGAGGAUUCAGGUGGCAUGGAGGCUGUCAAGAUGGCCAUGAACAGUGAAUCAGGCUUUCCCCCAGGUCGGUCGGGUCCUCUCCCCCCUGUACCCAGCAGUUGUUCCUUCCCUCCUGCCCCACCUCCUUCACGGGGGGGUCGCUCUGGCCCCCUACCCCCUCUCCCAGGACAGUCAGGACGAGGUCCGCCUCCCUCCCAGUCCUCUCCUUCACGUGGAGCCCUGCCACCCCCACCCCCCACUGGUGGCCGGUGUGGACCACCACCACCUCCACCAUCCAUGUCACAUGCCUCUCCUCCGCCUCCUCCUCCCCCUGGCCCUGGCCACCAGCGCUCCAUGCCUGCUCCUCCUCCCCCUGUUCCAUCCACACCCAGCAGAGGAGGCCCAGCUCCGCCACCUCCUCCUCCUCCCCCGCCGCCAUCAGCCCCAAGCUGCGGAGCUUUCCCACCUUCACCCCCGUGUAAAGGCCCUCCGCCACCUGCUCCUGGACCUACAGAAGGUGCUGAAGGAGGCGGAAGAGGAGCUCUGCUUGACCAGAUCCGCCUGGGAAGGAAACUUAAGAAUGUCACAGACAGUCCGGAGCCACCUCCGCCUGCCCAGUCAGAACCAGGGGGCAUAGUAGGAGCUCUGAGAAUGGCAAUGGAUAAGCGGAGUAAAGUCAUCCACUCCUCAGAUGAAGGAGAAGAAGACGGAGGGGAUGAAGAUGAAGAUGACGAUGAAUGGGAUGACUGAUAAGUGCAUUCUGUACUGUAUUAUUUACCACGGACUCCAGAUUUGUGUUGGUCACUGGAAGGUGACAUGUUGCACAUUGAAAAUGUAUACCUGCCGAUUGCUACAAACAAGGUUUGCGUGAAAGACCCAAAUUUGAAAGAAACAACCUGACUGGGAAAGGCUUAAUGGGAUGACGUUUAUAUUUGUCAUUUGAACAUUUCCAGUGUAGGACUGUGCUAUGUACAACAUGUGACAGUAUGUUGCUGGUCAAUAUCGUGUCCAGAGAUGGUCAGGACUUAUUCAUACAGUACUGUUGCUACCCAUUCCCAUUAAAAGUUACAAUUUGACAUUUGCUGGAAUGUAGUAUAAAAACAAAUAUAA